AAGGGGUCCUCGCCAGUUGCUCCGGUCCACAUUGUCAGUGAUGAGUCAGCUGACAAGACUAAUUUGGGCUUUAUUCAUGCAUUUGUGGCUGCUAUAUCUGUCAUCAUCGUAUCAGAACUGGGGGAUAAGACCUUCUUCAUUGCAGCCAUCAUGGCAAUGCGGUACAACCGUUUGACUGUAUUGGCUGGUGCUAUGCUUGCCUUGGGACUCAUGACAUGUUUAUCAGUUUUGUUUGGCUAUGCCACUACAGUUAUCCCUCGUGUGUACACAUACUAUGUGUCAACGGCACUGUUUGCAAUUUUUGGCAUCCGAAUGCUUCGGGAGGGCUUGAAAAUGAGUCCAGAUGAGGGUCAGGAAGAACUGGAGGAAGUUCAAGCAGAAAUUAAAAAAAAAGAUGAGGAACUUCAGAGAACUAAACUGUUAAAUGGGCCAGGAGAUGUGGAAUCAGGGCCAGGCACCACUAUACCUCAGAAGAAGUGGCUACAUUUUAUUUCUCCAAUCUUUGUUCAAGCUUUUACUUUAACAUUUUUAGCAGAAUGGGGUGAUCGUUCUCAAUUAACAACCAUAGUCUUGGCCGCCAGAGAGGACCCCUAUGGUGUGGCAGUAGGAGGAACAGUGGGACAUUGUCUGUGCACAGGUUUAGCAGUUAUCGGAGGGAGAAUGAUAGCACAAAAAAUUUCUGUUAGGACUGUGACAAUCAUAGGAGGCAUUGUCUUCUUAGCAUUUGCAUUUUCUGCACUAUUUAUAAGUCCAGACUCUGGUUUUUAAAAUUUUUCAUCACUGCAGAAGAACAAGGAUUGGAAGCAUUAAGCAGCUAUCCUUGCACAUUUUUGUAUAUAAUGUACAGAAUUAUAGUUAAACAAGCACUGAAGAGGAGACACUGAACUUUUUAUAGCAAAUGAUUCAUGGGACUGACACAUUUAUGGACAGCUUCUGCAGUGGAGAUCUGCUUAUUGUCUGGUUUGUUUAUUCUGUUGUGCCUGCUCCCUUGGUGGGAUUUGUGUGGUUUUCUUGCUUGCUGGACCUGGCUCAGCUGAGUUUUGAGGAUCUACUCUCAUCAGUAUUGAGGCUUCCUCUUUUCUCCCUCUGUAACACACGGCCACCUUUCCUGUUUCUUCAAGAGCUGAUUCUUAAGGUUUCUCGAAGCAGACUGUGUCUUGUUCCAUGUUGCUCAACAGAUGAUGUUAAAGAGAAAACUGCUGGCUCCCACCUCCAAGGACUUUGGUUCCGGGGUGCCCCAAAGCCGGAUAAUCUAAGCAACAAGAAAGCUGGGAGCAGUUCCU